ACUCAUCGUUGGGCUCCCAACCCAUCCCGUGCGGCUCCAUCCCGGGCCUGGUGCCCAAGCAGCUGCGCUUCUGCCGCAACUACAUCGAGAUCAUGCCCAGCGUGGCCGAGGGAGUCAAACUGGGCAUCCAGGAGUGCCAGCACCAGUUCCGCGGGCGGCGUUGGAACUGCACCACCAUCAAAGACAACCUCGCCAUCUUCGGCCCCGUGCUGGAUAAAGCAACCAGAGAGUCAGCGUUUGUCCACGCCAUCGCCUCGGCCGGCGUCGCCUUCGCCGUGACGCGCUCCUGCGCCGAGGGGACGUCCACCAUGUGCGGCUGCGACUCCCACCACAAGGGACCGCCCGGGGAGGGCUGGAAGUGGGGCGGCUGCAGCGAGGACGCCGAGUUCGGGGUGCUGGUGUCCCGAGAGUUUGCGGACGCCCGGGAGAACCGACCGGACGCCCGCUCGGCCAUGAACCGACACAACAACGAAGCCGGACGCACGACCAUCCUGGACCACAUGCAUCUGCGCUGCAAGUGUCACGGCCUGUCGGGGAGCUGCGAGGUGAAGACGUGCUGGUGGGCGCAGCCCGACUUCCGCAUGCUGGGCGACUACCUGAAGGACAAGUACGACAGCGCCUCCGAGAUGGUGGUGGAGAAGCACCGGGAGUCCCGCGGCUGGGUGGAGACCCUGCGCGUCAAGUACGCCUUCUUCAAGCACCCCACCGAGCGCGACCUGGUCUACUACGAGGGCUCGCCCAACUUCUGCGAGCCCAACCAGGAGACGGGCUCCUUCGGGACGCGGGACCGCGCCUGCAACGUGUCGUCGCACGGCAUCGAGGGCUGCGACCUGCUCUGCUGCGGCCGCGGCCACAACACCCGGACUGAGAAGCGCAAAGAGAAGUGCCACUGCAUCUUCCACUGGUGCUGCUACGUCAGCUGCCAGGAGUGCCUGCGCGUUUAUGACGUGCACACGUGCAAGUGAACAGAGCGCCCGGGAGGGGGGUGCGGGCGGACCGGACUGCGAGCGCCGCCCCCGACCUUUCACAUCCCUGCACGCCGUCCCCCUCUACGGCGCACACAGCCCGUCGCGCUCCGUCACCCAACUGACCUGGUGGACGCUUCUGACCUCCCCUCAUGCCCCCCCCCCACCUCCCCCAUUGUCUUUAUUUAUUUCCCCUAUGUGCCAACCACAUGUACAGGAACACACAAAUGCAGUCAAAACAAACGCGACUAUUUGCUUUGGAAUUUUAAGAAAAGUAUCUAACACCUCACGUGUCCAGCCGCUGCGGCUGCCUUCGUUGCGACCCCAAAAGAAGUUGAGGGGUGUUGUACUUUAAGGUGAAAUUUCAGGAUGAACCUAAAAUGCACUCGAAAGCUCGACGGGUGAUCUUCUCCAAACUGUUGACUGCAACCGUUCAAUGUUUCGGUCCCGUUUGCGCAACUCGCUCUUGGUCAACAACAAUCCGAAAGUCGCUUUGACUCUGUGAUAAUCCGGGCUCAUCUUCUACUCAAAAGCUGUGCUGAUCUCAAAUCCAAAGCGAUGCAAC